AUGGAUGAUUACAAAUCUAUAAAUGAAAUAGUUAUAUCGAAAGCCAAUAAAUUCAAUGUCAUAGGUGUGUUGGAUAAGUUGGAGGAACUUAGACCAAUGUCUGGUGAAUACUGCCAAAAGUUCUUGAUCUAUGACAGUGAGCAAUCAAAGAUGAACGUUAGCAUAUUCUUCAAAGAUCAAUCGUGUUUACAAUACUUUGAGAUUGGUAAUAUCUUGGUUUGUUCAGGUUUACGUAGAUCCACCUAUAAUGAUCAGGUCAAUGGAAAAGCCAAUAUCUAUGAUACGGACUUUAGAUGCUAUGUCUUUGUCAAUGGUGAACCUCUACAUCCUAUCGACUUGAAAACACUCGAGAGAGCAACCAUCUUUAAGAUGACAGAUAAGAUAAGAGCUAGCAUUAUUUCAUUUGAGAAUAAAGGUUAUUUUCAGUCAGCUACAGCAACAUCAUCAACAUCAACAUCAACAACAACAACAACAAAUAAUAAUAAUAAUAAUAAUAAUAAUCAAAUAAAGUUAUUGAAUAUAAAUAAGAAAAGAAAAUUAGAUAAUAAUGAUAGUAGUGAUAAUAAUAAUAAUAAUAAUAAUAAUAAUAAUAAUAAUGAUAAUAAUAAUAAUGUUGUUAAUAGUUUUACUGGUAAAGUAGUUGGUAUAGAUGAUAUAAAAGAUAUUGAAAAAGAUUCAUGGGUGAAUAUAAUUGCAAAGGUAGUGGAGAGAUGUUCAUCGGCAAAUCAAAAGUGUAUAAUGUUAAAGUUGUGGGAUGGCACUGGACAAGCUAUUUUCGAUCCAAAGGACAGAGUUGUCAAAUCACAUACAACUAUCACUAUGAAUGUAUGGUUUGAUUAUUUCAGUCAUAUCGAAUCACUUUCAACAGAUACAUGGGCAUUGUUUAUAAAGGUAAGAGUUCAUUGGUACCAACAAAAAGAAUUGAAAUAUGGAACAAAUUCAAGGAUUAACAUCUUAUCACCAGAUGAUCCAAGAGUUAAACGGUUAUUACGUCAACAUAAAGAGAAAGUAGAUCAAUUAACAAAUAUUAAAGAUGUUACAGUAAAGAGCGAGUAUCAAGAUGAUAACAACAACAACAACAAUGAAUUAAAUGAAUCGGAAAUACCAAGUAUUUCAACUAUUGUAGAUUUUAAAACUGCAGUUUUCACAAAGAUAAAAGAUAUACUUGAAUGUAAAACACCAAAUAUAUUUGUGACGAUGGUUAAACUUCAUGAAUCUCAUCCGAAACUCUCAAGAAAAUGGUUACAAGUUUUAUGUGAAUCUUGUAUGACUUUCCAGGAUCCCACACCAUCAACACUACAAGACUACAGUUGCAAAAAAUGUGAUACAGAUGAUAAAUUAAAAUGGAUUUAUUGUUUGAAUCUGUUGAUAUCCGAUGCAACCGGUGAACUUCCAGUAUACCUCUAUGGAGAUGAUGCUUUAUAUUUCUUUAGUCAAACCAAUUUAGAUUCAAAAGAUAUAUUACCAUCUUCCUACAAGGGUGCUCUACAUAUAAUUAAGAGUCUUUUAACAAACUAUGAAGAGUUUCCAGUCUGUAUAAGAUCAUAUGUUACAUCAAACAAGAUUGUCUAUCAAAUAUUUAAAACAAAAUGUAUAAAUGUUAAAUAA